GUAAUCCCUUGUUAAGCACAACAAACCCCGGAAAAGGGAAGCGGAAGAUUGAGCUAAAUGUUGAACAAGAGUGAACUUCGCCAAGUUAGGCAGGGCUGAAAUCAAAUUAUUCAUCAUUUGAAAUCAGUAGUCGGACGGGAAAAUAAUAAAUGGCUCAUUUACGAGUCACUCGUGGCGUCGAGAGGUGGCAAUUGACGUAAAGUGGGAAGCUAACUGUUAGCUCUACCUGACAACAAGACGCUGCUGCGCCCCUGGCACUGAUGACAAAGUGUUAAAAAACCAGUUUGGGAUGCUUACUAAAGGUGCUUUCCAGUCACUGCCAACACGAACUAUACGGGUUCACUUCAGUGAACAGAUCUGGAUGUGUGCCCAGUGCUCUUUGUGAAAUGACCUGACUGCACAUCUGAGGACAAUGGCCAGAAUAGCCUGGUAUCAAGAGAAGAUUGGAGCCUAUGAUCAACAAGUCUGGGAGAAAUCUCUGGAGCAGGCCGAUCUAAAUGGUUUGGACAGCAAGCCAAGGAAGACGGGACACAUCAAACCAGACCUCAUUGAUGUUGAUUUAGUACGAGGAUCAACUUUCAGCAAAGCCAAACCAGACAGUCCAUGGACGGCCCUGACUCGUAAAGGUUUGGUGAGGGUGCUGCUGUUCCCAUUUUUCUUCCAGUGGUGGAUCCAGGUGACCUCCAAGUCCGUCUCCUCAUGUAUCCUCGUGCUGUACUUCAUGCAAGUUGCAGCGGUGGUGCUCUACCUUGAGAUCCCCGGGGCGAGUGCCAAUGAGGUGUUUGGACCCAUGUGUCUGAUGCUUCUUCUGGGCACCGUGCACUGCCAGAUUGUGUCCACCGAGUCCAGCCGGUGGCCCUCGGGCAGUCCAGCUGCCAGCUGCACCACCAGCCCAGCGCGCAGACGCAGGCCGAGGAAGAGCAGAGGGCUGAAAAAAACUGAGGAGAAAAUCGACAGUGAGGACGCGGAGCAGCAGGGGGCCUGGCAGUUUGAGAAGAACCUGCGAUCCUUCAGUGAUGAAGAGAGGAGGAGUAAAAGAAAGUCCGGGUUCGGGGCAUCUGACGAGUUCUCCAGUGAAGAUGAGGAGGGGGUUCAAUCAGUGGGUGACAGGUCUCCUGUGUCCUGUCCAGAGGGAAUACCUACUACGUGGCCAACAUCUGCAAAGCUGUCAUCUGUUUGGAAUAAAAACGUUAAAAAUUUUAACCCCAAACCUGCUCUAAGAUCUCAGGAGGGAAGUGCAUCUUUUGUCAAGGUGAAGCCUCGAGAGGUGGAGCGUCUCCGGCCGAGCGUGAGCUCACGACCCGCCUCUGACACGGAUGACACAAUGUGGGAGGAGCUUCUUCAAGGUCCUGACUCGGCCUCUACGGGAAGCAGUGACAGCGAAGGGAAUGGAAGGUACAACGCCAGCAUGCCGCUCCCACAGAGCAACACGAUGAGCAGUGACGAGGAGAUCCUUCAGCAGGGAUUCAAUGGAACCCAGCUGUCAUGGCUGCAGGCAUGCCACCCAUCCAAAGACCGUGUCAGUGCCAUAAUAUGGGAGCAGGGGGAGUGUAAGAAGGCAGAAAUGUCUGUAUUGGAGAUGAGUGGGAUCAUCCUCACGAGGGUGAAGCUGGUGGAGCAGGGCGUGGGUUACCUCAUGUUCGGAGGGCUGAUGACUGCCACACUCGCGCUGCUCCCCUUCGCCUUCCGCCUGUCUCAGCGUCUGGACAUGUCUGUUCUCGGCUCUCUGUGCCCGAUGGAGCUGGUGGAAAUGGUGGUGGGGCUGCCCGAUACGCGGGUCUUUGUCUUUUUCUUCAUCACGAUGGUGCAGAGAGUCUGCCUCACAGGGCUGUUCUUCUUCAUGAUGUGUGUGGCUGAGAGGACGUACAAACAGAGGCUCUUGUUUGCCAAAUACUUCAGCCACCUCACCUCGGCUCGCAAGGCUAAGAAAUCUGAGAUCCCUCAUUUCAGGCUAAAGAAAGUCCAAAACAUAAAGAUGUGGUUGUCUCUGCGCUCUUUUCUCAGGAGACGAGGCCCGCAGCGCUCAGUCGAUGUCAUUGUCUCCACUAUUUUCCUCCUCGCCCUGUCCAUUUCAGUCAUCAUCUGUGCGCAGGUCAGUCGUAUCACAUCUGCUGAGCUUCUGCACAGCCACAAGACAUUCCUGGAGUCCCUGACAAACUGGGAGAUGGUGGUGUGGGCCUCCUCCCUCAUCCUGUUUCUGCUGCGGCUCGCCACGCUGGGCUCAGAGACCAACUGCAAAUACAGCAACAAUUCAGUGCUGCUUACUGAACAGAUCAAUCUGUAUCUUAAGAUGGAGAAGAAACCCAAUAAGAAAGAGGAACUCAAUAUCGUCAACAAUGUUCUGAAACUCGCUACAAAACUGAUGAAGGAGUUGGAUACUCCAUUCAGACUGCUCGGUCUGACCGUGAACCCUCUGAUCUACAACAUCACCAGAGUGGUCAUCCUGUCUGCUGUGUCUGCUGUGGUCAGUGACCUGUUUGGCUUCAACAUCAGACUGUGGAAAAUCAAGUCUUAAUAUGAAAACAACAAACCACUAACAGUCAGUCUGACACUGGAGACCUGGAGCCGCCUGUCAGACACAGACAGCCUUUCAUCUGUGAAAAAAAAAGUGCAAACCUACUGACGGUGUGAUCGUUGUCUGUGCCUUCCCGCCGAAACUCACGUCUCUUAGGCUUCAUCCAACAUCCAAACGCCUGAAAUGCUCUGACAAUCGCUCCAACAGAUUCACCGGCUGGCUCAGUGCCUGACCUUUGACCCUUGAAUGUUCCUCAGUAGAGAGAGGAGGUCUGAGAUCAUUUCAGGCUUGUACAUAUUCCCCACAUGUGCUUUGUACAGAUGUGUAAAUGAUUAAGAUGCAGAUGAUGAUAUAGUUAGUUUUUAGUUUUUAACUGUAAAACAAGCAACAACAUCUUCUGACUGAAGCGGGUAAAAUCAAAAAGAGGCAACCAGCUGUAUUAAAUUUUCUUUGGUGUCAAUCUUUUGUACUAUUUACGGAGGAAAUAUUGUGACUAAGUGGGCUUUAUUUAUUUUGGGGUUUUGUUUUUUAGCGCUUAAACUUGCAAAGGUACCUGUAAGUCUUUUUGACCACUAUCUGCCUUUUGUAUUUAGGACUAUUGUUGAAUAAAAUGACUAUGCAAGGUGGGUGUGAUUAAAUGAAAAGGUUUGAGAGAGGUGAAUAAAAAUGUUUUUCAUCCAUAAAUGUUGGAAUCAA